CAUUAGGCCUUUUUCUUUCUUCUUUCGUUCUUCACCAUGUUCUUCUUCGUCUUCCCAUAACAAUUUUGUUUUUUUUAUUAAAAAUGAACUGCUUGACAUUACUCUUUUUUUCUCUAAUAUUGAUUAUAGCAGCUAAUGUCUCCGCUAAUAGCGGUGUCUUUAGCGUUAAGUACAGAUUCGCCGGCCAACAACAAUCUCUCAGUGACCUUAAAGCUCACGACGAUCGCCGUCAGCUCCGUAUUCUCGCCGGCGUUGAUCUCCCUCUCGGCGGGAGUGGCCGUGCUGAUGCUCUAGGGCUUUAUUAUGCUAAGAUUGGAAUUGGAACUCCUUCGAAGGACUAUUAUGUACAGGUUGAUACUGGAAGUGAUAUUAUGUGGGUUAACUGUAUUCAAUGUAGAGAAUGCCCUAGAACAAGCUCCCUUGGUAUGGAUCUCACACUUUAUAAUUUGAAGGAGUCUGUUACUGGGAAGUUAGUGCCUUGUGAUCAAGAGUUUUGCUAUGAGGUGAAUGGAGGUCCAUUAUCUGGGUGUACGGCAAAUAUGACUUGCCCUUAUCUUGAGAUAUAUGGAGACGGGAGUUCUACUGCAGGUUAUUUUGUGAAGGAUGUUAUGCAAUAUGAUGGAGUAUCUGGUGAUUUCCAAACUACAUCUGCUAAUGGAAGUGUUAUAUUUGGGUGUGGGGCUAGACAGUCAGGGGAUUUGAGCGCAAGUAAUGAAGAAGCUCUUGAUGGUAUACUUGGUUUUGGGAAAGCAAAUUCAUCAAUGAUUUCACAACUAGCUGCCAAUGGAAAGGUGAAAAAAAUAUUUGCUCAUUGCUUAGAUGGUAUAAAUGGCGGCGGUAUCUUUGCUAUGGGACAUGUUGUGCAGCCUAAAGUUAACAUGACACCAUUAAUACCAAACCAGCCCCACUACAAUGUCAAUAUGACGGCAGUUCAAGUUGGUAAAGAUUUCCUACCUCUUCCGACUGAUGUUUUUGAGGCUGGAGAUCGGAAGGGAGCAAUAAUAGAUAGCGGUACAACCUUGGCCUAUCUCCCAGAAUUUAUUUAUGAACCAUUAGUCAGUAAGAUCAUUUCUCAGCAGCCUCAUUUGGAAGUUCGUACUGUACGGGACGAGUAUACAUGUUUUCAGUAUUCUGGAAGUGUGGAUGAUGACUUUCCAGUUGUCAUGUUUCAUUUUGAAAACUCGGUUUUCUUAAAGGUUCAUCCACAUGAAUAUUUAUUCCCAUUUGAAAGUUUAUUGUGUAUUGGAUGGCAAAAUAGUGGAAUGCAAUCAAGGGAUAGAAGGAACAUGACACUUUUGGGAGAUUUAGUACUUUCAAAUAAGCUUGUUCUGUACGAUCUCGAAAAUCAGGCCAUUGGAUGGACCGAAUACAACUGUUCGUCAAGCAUUAAAGUGCAGGAUGAACGUACUGGAACAAUACAUUUAGUAGGUUCCCACUCGAUCUAUUCUGCUGGCAAUUCUAGUGCAGAAUUGGCUAUAAUGGCUGUAAUCUUGUUAAUGCUAAGUACUCUGCUGCAUCUUUUAAUUUGCUAAAUGGCAAUGAAUACCAAUGGUCAAAUCAAAGGUAAAGAAAUACUGCGGUGAAAAUUGCUAAAUAGAUUGAUUAUACACAUUAUUUUACUCGCCCAACGACAGUCACUUUGGGUUAAUAUUAUCUUCCCGGAGCGAAACUUGGAAAUUUAUAGCAGCCUAUAGAAAGUUUGAGUGUACAUAGAUUUAUGGUUUAGGUUUUCUAGUUACUGCAACAAAUUCAGUGUAUUAAUUGGAAAUUUGAUGCUUACGAAUGCUCAAGUGCAUAUGCAGUUGUAGUUUGAAUGAUGUCUAUAUGAUAGAAUGUUUUUAGAUA